AUGUCAAAUUUACAAUCAAAUAGAAAUGAUGAAAUAACUUCAAUUAAUUCACUUCAACAACAUAAACUUUCAGAAAAUAAUAGUCCCUUACAAAGUGGUUCAUCAACACCACCAUAUUCACAGCAUGAAAAAAAAUCAUUUUGGCAAAAAUUUAGAUUUACAGUAGAUACAUCAGAUCAUCCACCACAAAUUUUAAAUGCAAAAUUAUAUUUAAGUAUAUUAGUGUUUGGUAUAUUGGGAGCUGGAAGAGGUAUUGAUGAAGGUAAUAUUUCAGGAAAUAUUGCAAAUCCUUCAUUCAUUGCAAGAUUUGGAUUAAAAGCACCAGGAAAAUCUGUUGAUCAAUUAGCAAAUUUGAAAUCAAACAUUACAUCAAUGGUUCAAUUAGGUUCUAUUGGUGGUGCUAUAAUAGCUAUGAAAUCAGUUGAUUAUUUUGGUAGAGUCCGUGCAAUGCAAAUAGUUUGUGUUCUUUGGUUAGUUGGAGCAAUUAUACAAAUUACUUCGUCAAGUGUUGGUCAAUUAUACGCUGGUCGUUUAAUUGAAGGUUUAGCUAUUGGUCAAACCACUUCUAUUGGACCUGUUUAUAUGUCUGAAGUUGCACCAAGUCCUAUUCGUGGUAUGGCUAAUUGUAUCUUUGCAGGUGCUGUUUAUUUUGGUAUCAUGUUGGGUUAUUUUGUAAACUAUGGAUCUGCUUUACAUAUACCUGCAAAACAUGCAAAUGGAUCAAUUAAUGAUUGGCAAUGGAGAGUUACUAUAUUAUUGAAAAUAAUUAUGAGUGUUUUAGUUUUUGUAUCAUCAUUUUUCUUUAGUGUUGAAAGUCCAAGAUGGUUAUUAAAAACUAAUAAACCACAAAAGGCAGUUGAAAAAUUAAGUAAAUUAAGAAACUUACCUACUGAUCAUCCAUAUGUUAUUGCAGAAAUUAGUGAUAUAAAUGAACAGGUAAUGAGUGAAAAAGAAGCAACAAAAAAUUCUAGUUUAUUGAACAAUUUCAAACAAAUUUUUACUAAUAAAAGUAUUGCUUAUAGGUUUUUUUGUAUCGCUGGUGCUACUCAAGUUUUAGGUCAAUGGUCAGGUGCAAACGCUGUUACUAUUUAUGCUUCUGAAUUAUUUGCAUUAGUUGGUGUUGAAGGUAUUGAUAAAUUAAAAAUGUCUGCUGUUUUAGGGGUCGUUAAAUUUGUUUCAGCUUACUUAUCUGCUUUUUUCAUUAUUGAUAUAUUAGGUAGAAAAACAGCUUUAUACAUUGGUAUUGGUGGUCAAUUAUGUUGUAUGUUAUAUUAUGCUAUCUUUUUGACAAUCGUCCCACAGGCAGCUUCCGAUGGUACAGAAUUAGCUGGAUCAGCUAAAAGAGCAAGUACUGGUGCAUUAGCAUCAAUUUUCUUGAGUGGUACAUUCUGGACUGUAGGUUUUAAUUCAGUUCAGUAUUUAAUUGGUGGUGAAAUUUUUCCAUUGGGAAUUAGAUCGUUUGCUCAAUCUUUAGUAAUGGUUUUACAUUUCGCAAAUCAAUAUGGUAACUCAAAAGCAUUACCUAAAAUGAUGAUUGCAAUGAAACCAUAUGGUGCUUUUUAUUUCUUUGUUGGUGUUUUAUCAAUCUCUUUAGUUUGGGGAUUCUUUUUACCUGAAUUAAAAGGUAGAUCAUUAGAAUCAAUCGAAGAAGUAUUUACAUUACCAUGGUAUAAUUUAAGACGUUGUAAUAAAUUGAUUCCUGAUCAUUCACAAAUUCAUAAGAUUAAAUAUACAAAUUCGAGAAUGGGUAAUACAGGAUAUGAUCAUAUACAAUAUGAUAUGGAAAAAAAUAAACCAAGUGUUGAAUUUGUUGAAGAUAUGAUGCAACAUAAUAGAGCAAGUGAUAAUGAUGAUGAAGAUAAAGAAGAUGAAAAAAAAUUGUAA